AAUACUUUGUGUUUUCUGGCAGAUCUCCCAGUGUUAAGAAUGGAGAACGUUACAGCAACAAUUCUUCCGAGCAACACCACCACUGACGAAACGGAGGAUUUGCCUAGCAUUACCUUUAACAGUGUUCAUACAUUUUCUUUGAUUGUUUACAUUGUGGCGUUUUUGCUGGGGACAACAGGCAAUGGCUUGGUCAUCUGGGUCGCUGGUUUCCGAAUGAAGAAAACAGUCAAUGUGGUGUGGUUCCUUAAUUUAGCCAUUGCUGAUUUUAUCUUUACUUUAUUCUUGCCACUUAGUAUUACAUACCUUGUCCUUGUAUUCCACUGGCCUUUUGGUACCUUCAUGUGCAAGCUAAAUAGCGCUGUGGCAUUUCUCAAUAUGUUUGCAAGUAUCUUCACACUCACUGUUAUCAGCAUUGACCGUUGUAUCUCUGUGGUGUUCCCUGUAUGGGCACAGAACCACAGGACACCCCGCAUGGCUUUUAUAGUGGCCAUAAUUGUUUGGAUUCUUGCAAUAUUUUUUAGUUUAACAUAUUUUAUCUUUCGAGAUGCCGAUGGUGACGAGGGACAGAUCAGGUGUUUCAACAACUUUCAUGACACGGAUUAUGAUUUGCACCUUUUAAGGCUCAAAGCUACCGUGAUUACUCGAUUUAUCUUUGGCUUCUUCAUCCCUUUCACUAUUAUUGUUUCAUGUUACACUAUUAUUGUAAUUCGACUUCACAGAAAUCGAAUGGCAUCAUCAACCAAACCCUUCAAAAUUAUUAUAGCUGUUCUGCUUUCCUUCUUUAUCUGUUGGUUUCCAUACCAUGUUUUUUCUUUUUUGGAAGUGGCCUACAGUGAAAGUGAGGCUGAAUCCCUGAGAAGCGCGGUAGAAAUUGGGGGUCCAAUUACGUCCAGCCUAGCCUUCUUCAACAGCUGUAUCAACCCCUUCCUCUACGUCUUCAUAGGUCGAGAUUUCAAGACGACCUUCAGGACCUCAAUCCAGUCUAUUUUUGAAAAAGCGUUCAGUGAAGAUAAUGGUCAAACUGAAAUCAAGACGAAAAGUACCUCUGAUUCACAGUUAGUUUGAAAUUACAGAAAGUACGAGACUUUUCAGAGAAAUGUCCCGCAGGGCAAGUAUGAAAGUCUGAGCAAUCCUUUUGACUCAAAUACUCUUGGGAUUAAACAUCUCAUAAAAAAAAAAUGGAUCCUCACUUGUUUACAGAGACACUUCUGAUAAGAAUAAAUGAAAAACGUUGACAGCUUUAUAUCAGCAAAGUGUGUAUUGUCCAAAGUAAAUUCAAAGUAAUUUCAUAUUGUAGGACAAAAUAAAUAACUUUUUCUA